AUGUUUACAUGUAACACGUGUAAUUUACAGUUCCCAACAGCCGAAGACCAAAGGGGUCAUAUGAAGUCAGAAUGGCAUCGUUAUAAUUUGAAAAGAAGAGUUGCUCAAUUACCUCCAAUUGAUGAAGAUUUAUUUAAUAGUAAAGUUGCUAGUUUAACUAAAGCAGAUGAAGAAUCUUCAAAGGAUAAGAAACAAUUAACUAAAAAAGAACAAAGAAGAAAAGAAAAAGAAGCUAUUUUACAACAAAAGAAACAGAUUUUGGAACAAGCUAAAAAGGCAAUGUUAGCUAAGAUGAAAGAAAAUGGUGGUGAAUUGCCAGAGAAAGAAGAAGUCAAAGCUAAAGAAGAACCAAAAGAAGAUAAUACCCUAGUCGAAUCACAACAACAACAACAACCGGAAGAGGAGAAAGAACUUACGGAAGAACAACAAGAAGAGAAAAUUUUAAGUGAAAAACUUGCUAAUAAAACAGAAAUCCCUCCAACUACAUGUUUAUUUGCUCAUCCUAAAUAUCAUCAUCAAUUUGAAACUAUUGAUGAAAAUAUAGAUCAUAUGUUUAAAUCUCAUGGAUUAUAUAUACCUGAAUCAAAUUAUCUUGUGGAUAAACAAGGACUUUUAGAAUACUUGGGUGAAAAAAUUGGAUUUGGAUUUUGUAUUGCUUGUAAUUAUCAAGGAAGAACAGCUGAAGCAGCCAGAGAACAUAUGCAACAAAAGAGACAUAUGAGAAUUCCAUAUGAAACUGAAGAUGAAAAACUUGAAAUAUCUAAAUUUUAUGACUUUUCAUCUACAUAUGAUGAUAAUAAAAUUGUUGUUGAUGAAGAUCAAGUCGGUAAUGAUGACGAAGACGAAGGAGAAUGGGAAGAUGUUAGUGGAGACGAAGACGUCAGUGGGGAUGAAGAUGAAGAACUUCCUCCAGCUGAAAAUGAUGCUAUUUAUCAACAUGGUACUGAAUUACAUUUACCAUCUGGUGCUAUUAUUGGACAUCGUUCAAUGGCAAGAUAUUAUAGACAAAACUUGGCUCCUGAAAGAGAAUUAUCUGAAGGUCAAGGUACUGUUAUUGCUGCUGAAACUAGACAUAUGAUGACAUUACAAGAUAGAAAAGAAGUGGCUACUAAGAAAAGAACUUGGAAACGUGAGAAGAAGAGUGAGGAUCUUAAUGAUAGAAGAGCUGCUAAAUUCAUUAAUAACCAACCUCAUUUCAGAGAUCAAUUGUUACAAUAG